CCUCACCGCGCGCCGCCAUUUUCCCGCCGGUACCGGGCGGGAGCGGCGGCGGCCGCCGCGCGGCUCGUGACGUCACUAUCGCGAUCGGCGGCGCCGCUGCUGUCGCGGGCGGUGACGUCAUGUCGUCGGCGGGCGGCGUGCGGCGGGCCCGGCAGCUCCUGCACGUGUCGGUGCUGGCGCAGAGCGCGGCCCCGUGCGGGCGCUUCCUGGCGGCCGCCAACGACUUCGGCGAGAUCGCGAUAUUCGGGCUCUCGGCCGCUUUGAGCGCGGAGGCCAAGGAGGAAAACCGGAGACCGGUGAACGUGUUCAAGGCCCACUCGGGCCCCGUUUAUUCCUUGGCCUCCACCGAGCGGCUCCUCCUGAGCGGCAGCGACGGCGAAAUCCGGGGCUGGGGCUGGGCCGAGCUGGGCCGCAAGGGCUGCCGGGAGCUUUGGACGCGGCGCCCGCCCUGCAGGAGCAGCCUGGAGGUGCCGGAGAUCAACGGGCUGGAGGUGAACCAGAGGGACCACUGGGUGGCGCUGGCGGGCGGGGACGGCGCCGUGCGCGUGCUGGACCUGGAGAGCGGCGCCUUCACCCACGAGCUGCGGGGGCACCAGGACCUGGUGCACGUGGUGGCGCUGAGGGAGCAGCUCCCGCAGGUGCUCUCGGGGGGCGAGGACGGCACCGUGCGCCUCUGGGAUCUGCGCACGGGCUCCCAGGUGCAGCUGAUCGAGGUGCACAAAUACCAGGAGUGCAGCCGCCCCCAGCUGGGCAAGUGGAUCCGGUGCCUGGCGACCGAGAGCGACUGGAUGGUGUGCGGGGGCGGCCCCGCCCUCACCUUGUGGCACCUGCGCUCGGGGACCCCGACCACGGUGUUCCCCCUGCCCCACCCCCAGCACCACGCCCUCUUCCACCAGGACAUGGUGCUGUCGGGGGGCGUCGGCCCCGCCCUUCACCUGCUGCAGCUGAGCGGGGACGUGCGGGGGAGGGUCCCGGUGUCGCCCCCCGCCCUCCGCAGCCUCUGCCUGCACCCCCGCUCACCUGAGCACCAGGUGCUGACGGUGGCCGGGAACAGCCCCAAGAUCGACGUCUUCACCAACCUGGGCUACCGGGCGUUCUCACUGAGCUUCACCUGAGCUCACCUGGGCUCACCUGAGCUCACCUGAGCUCACCUGAGAUCACCUGAGGUCACCUGAACCUCAUCUGAGCUCACCUGAGCUCACCUAAGAUCUCAGCUGCCGGGUCUUCACCAACCUGGGCUACAGAGCGUUCUCAUUGAGCUUCACCUGAGCUCAUCUGGACACACCUGAGCUCACCUGGGCGCACCUGGGCUGUACCUGAGUCUCACCUGAGUUCACCUGGGCUCAUUUGUGCUCACCUGGGCUACCGGGCAUUCUCUGUGAGCUUUACCUGGGCUCACCUGGGCUCACGUGGGCUGUACCUGAGCUCACCUGGGCACACCUGGGCUCACCUGGGCUGUACCUGAGCUCACCUGAGCCCCCCCCCCCCGUUCCCCCCGUUUGGUCCCCCCCAGUUUGACGCAAUUCCCCGUUUUGUACAAAAAACCCAAAAUUCGUUUUUA